GUAGGGACGCGGUGUUUUUAUUCUGUGUAAAAAAAAAUCAUGGCUAACAAUCUGGUUAUCAGAGCUUUGAAAGCUAACUCAAAGUCGUUCAAUUUGAGCUCCAAGAAAAUGACCGAGGUUCCCAAAUCGGUUUCGAGAUUAACAAAUAUUUUAACCCUUCAUUUGAACAAUAACUCUCUUACUUCUCUGCCUGUGGAACUGCAGACGUUACGAAACUUGACAGAACUCAAUUUGGGAAAUAAUUCUCUGGAGGAGAUCCCAGGUGUUCUGAGGUACCUGAACACCUUGAAAAAACUUUAUUUGUUUGGAAACCACAUUACAAGAUUGCCAGCUGAGGUGUUAGAAGGACUUGAUAACCUCACUCUCCUCAAUCUGAACCACAAUCACAUCACAGUCCUUCCACCAGAGAUUAAAAGUCUUUCUAACCUAGAAACCCUCAGUUUACUGGACAACCAGUUGGAGGAACUUCCUGUAGAAAUAGGUUUUCUCAAGAAGAUGGUUGAGAUGAAUUUAACCAACAACAAGCUGUCCAGACUGCCCAAACAGAUAUACAGUUUGUCACAACUGGCCAGAUUAUAUCUGGCCAGAAACAACCUCACAGAACUGCCAGAGGGUGUUAUUGGGCUGAUGAAGCUCAGAGUGCUGGAUGUGGCUGGAAACCGUUUAUCCAUGUUUCCUGUCGACUUCCAGCUUCUGACCCUGAAUGAGCUGCUCUGUGAAGGAAACACAUUCGUGAAAAAUAAGUUGAUGGAAUCUGUUCAAGCUGUGGAGGUGCUGUCAUUGAAGGAGCUGUCUGCUCGUCAGAUCCUGGUGGAGGACAAGAGGAGGUUGGGUGUGGUCCACAGGGCUCUGUCGUACCACCCUGGUCUGAGCCUGCUGCUGGCUGACUGGGGCAGGUGUUCCCUCUGCCUCCAACCCUUCCUCACCACCUGGCUGGAGUGUGUACGCUUCAUCAACCUCAGGAAGGACAUGAAGAUGAGCCGUCCUCAGACCGUCCCUGUACGUGUUCUCCUCUGUUCUUACAAGUGCUUCAAUAAGAGCGGACAUUCAUACUAUGGUGUCGCGUCUGUAUGAAGAGGUACUUCUAUUAAAACAUGUGUUUGAUGUAAUUAUAAGGAAGUGGACCCUGUUCUUUCAAUCCAAUAUGCAUUGUCUGCUUGUCCACCAGGUGGCAGCAGAGGACCAUAGUAAGAGACCAGACUCCUGACACAAUAUCAUAAGGCCAAAACAAUGAACUAGGUUGGACAGAGAGCGAGGUUGGACAGAGAGCUAGGUUGGACAGAGAGCUAGGUUGGACAGAGAGCUAGGUUGGACAGAGAGCUAGGUUGGACAGAGAGCUAGGUUGGACAGAGAGCUAGGUUGGACAGAGAGCUAGGUUGGACAGAGAGCUAGGUUGGACAGAGAGCUAGGUUGGACAGAGAGCUAGGUUGGCCAGAGAGCUAGGUUGGACAGAGAGCUAGGUUGGACAGAGAGCUAGGUUGGACAGAGAGCUAGGUUGGACAGAGAGCUAGGUUGGACAGAGAGCUAGGUUGGACAGAGAGCUAGGUUGGACAGAGAGCUAGGUUGGACAGAGAGCUAGGUUGGCCAGAGAGCUAGGUUGGACAGACAGCUAGGUUGGCCAGAGAGCUAGGUUGGACAGAGAGCUAGGUUGGCCAGAGAGCUAGGUUGGACAGAGAGCUAGGUUGGCCAGAGAGCUAGGUUGGACAGAGAGCUAGGUUGGACAGUUAUAGACAUGUUAUUACCAGGAUGGUCCAUUGAUCUGUUCAGUUAUAGACAUGUUAUUACCAGGAUGGUCCAUUGAUCUGUUCAGUUAUAGACAUGUUAUUACCAGGAUGGUCCAUUGAUCUGUUCAGUUAUAGACAUGUUAUUACCAGGAUGGUCCAUUGAUCUGUUGUUCAGUUAUAGACAUGUUAUUACCAGGAUGGUCCAUUGAUCUGUUCAGUUAUAGACAUGUUAUUACCAGGAUGGUCCAUUGAUCUGUUCAGUUAUAGACAUGUUAUUACCAGGAUGGUCCAUUGAUCUGUGUGUUCAGUUAUAGACAUGUUAUUACCAGGAUGGUCCAUUGAUCUGUUCAGUUAUAGACAUGUUAUUACCAGGAUGGUCCAUUGAUCUGUUCAGUUAUAGACAUGUUAUUACCAGGAUGGUCCAUUGAUCUGUUCAGUUAUAGACAUGUUAUUACCAGGAUGGUCCAUUGAUCUGUUCAGUUAUAGACAUGUUAUUACCAGGAUGGUCCAUUGAUCUGUUCAGUUAUAGACAUGUUAUUACCAGGAUGGUCCAUUGAUCUGUUCAGUUAUAGACAUGU